CUUUUCUCGAUUCAUAUCGAUUUAAAAUGAAAGAACGAUAAAAACAGAACCUUUUAGGGUUUCAAAAACCAGAGUGAAAAAGGAAGAACAAUUCUCUCUCUCUCUCUUUCUUCUCUUUCGUUUCCACGAUUUGUUUUUUUUUUUUUUACCUCCGAUUCUGAGAACACGAAGCUUUCUUUUUCUUUUUUUUUUCUGCUUUUUUUUUUCGUUUGCGCAGAAAAGCGAGAAGAGAGAGAAAUUGUUGGUUCUGUUAAUUUCCCGAAAGUCAUAGAGAGAAGAGGAGAUAUUAUUAGCUUUCCUGCUUUCUGUUUCCUUUGGAUAAGCUUAUUUUUCCGGGGAAAUUCCUACGUUUGGCUUUUACUUCCCUGUUCUUGGUGGUUGAAGAAUUCGCUUCAGCUUACCGAAAAAAUCUGAUAUCCCCAUAAGCCAACAAAGGUUUCCAAUUUCCCGGGAUAAUCUAAUUUCAUAAAUCGCUUAGGGAUUGGUGCGAUUCAGGUCUUCCUCUUGGCGCUAAUUUCGGUUAAUUUUUGGUGGUUGUUAUGUGCCAUAUCCUGGGAUUGUGAAUUGGAUACUGUACAAGUUAUGGAUUUGAGAAUUGUAUCUCCCCCACGGGAUGUGGUCAGAUGUUGUGAUUGUGGAUGCAAUUGCUCUCUCAACUACGCUUCCCCUGAUUCUUGGAUCCGGUCUGUGAAGAGAAAAUACGAGGAAUUUGAGAAUGAGAAACGAUUCCAUAUACCUGCGCUUGACGACCUGGACUUGUCUUCCAAUGCUAAAGUUCAAAUCGAGAACGAAUGUGAACUGCUACGUGAAACCGUUAGCAGCCAACAGGAAUCGAUUCAAGAUCUGUAUGCUGAGCUUGACGAAGAGCGGAAUGCUGCUUCCACAGCUGCAAGCGAGGCAAUGUCUAUGAUAUUGAGGUUGCAGAGGGAGAAGGCUGAGAUCCAAAUGGAGCUUAGACAGUUUAAGCGUUUUGCUGAGGAGAAGAUGGAGCAUGAUCAGCAAGAGCUUUUGGCUCUGGAAGAUUUGAUAUAUAAGAGGGAGCAGACGAUUCAGGCUCUCACCUAUGAAGCUCAGGCUUACAGGCAUAGAAUGAUGAGUUACGGGGUCACUGAGGCAGAGGUUGAUGGGGAGAAGAACAUGCUUAGCCGUAACCCGAGCAUGGCUGACAAUGACUUCCAGUAUGACCUCCCUACGUAUGAUUACCCUCCUCUUAAAUGCAACGUGAAUGAGAACCCAGAUCCCCUGGAGGCCGAUAUUGAUGUUGACGACGUUGAAAAGUACCCACUGACUGAUUCACCUCAUGGCCGAGAAAAUUUGAAGACUUUGGAACGGAGGAUAAGUCAGAUGGAGAGAAUUCCUAGCUUUACUCCGUCUAAUGGUGAUGUAUCCGGAGGGGGAGCUUAUUUGGAGAAGGUGGUGGUUGGUCAGAGUCCUAGGCGUCAGAGACAUUUCAGGAGGGUUUCUACUGGUAGUUCAACUUCACUUUUGGGAACAACUAGGGAGCAAAGGCCUGAUUUUUCCAAUGAUUCCCCAAGGUCCAAGAGCGGUAGCUUCAAGAAAAUGGAAGAUGCCUCAUACGCUGAGGGUAAGGGUGACUCAUCAGAAUUAGGAGAUAAUGACAUGAAUGAUAGAGUUUAUACCAUUGAUUCUGUCCAUCACGGCGUAUCUCAUAGUGGUGUUGCUGAGCAGAAGUUUAGGGAUGACACGGCUGAUGGCUAUGGAGAAAAAUUGAAUCAGCCUGAUCUUGGUGAUCCUGAUAUAACGAAACUCUACAUGAGGCUUCAAGCACUAGAGGCUGACAGGGAAUCAAUGAGACAGGCAAUCAUGUCGAUGAGAACUGAGAAAGCUCAAAUGGUUCUUUUGAAAGAAAUUGCUCAGCAUCUAUCAAAGGAUGUUAUCCCAGAACGGAGAUUGCCUUUGCGGAAAGCAUCUAUUGUUGGAGCAUUCAGUUUCAUAUCUCUCUUUAAGUGGAUCACAUCUUUUGUUUUAUGGAGAAAGAAGGCUCGUCGAAGCAAGUACAUGAACGGGAUGCAAGGGAACAACAUGGGCUUGAAAAUGCUUUUAGAAAAGACUCCUCGGAUACGGCAAUGGAGGUGUCUCUCAAGUACGCAAGUGUGAAACAGAUCGCAUUCUCCAACUCGGUGAAUUUGAAUACUGUGAAUACUGAGUAAUCAGUGAUGUGCCUGCAUUAUUCUCCAUCUUCAUGUUUUCUGAGAAAAUUGUUCUCAUAUGUGCAGAUUUUUUUUCUUUCUUGUAUUGUAUUUGCCAUAUUUCAUUUCUUUUUUGGGGUUGGGAUGCAUAAUGUCUUGUAUGGGGUUUGAUUAUUGUCUAAAGAGAUCGGUGAGGAUACACGGAAGGCACGUCUUUUUUUUUUUUACUGUAAGCUGUGUAUAAUUUCUCCACAUUCUUGUUUGGAUUUCCUCUGGAAAGAAACUCUUU